AUGCAAACGCCCAAUGUCUACCCAAACGUCACAGGCCCAAAAUCUGUGUUCGACAGCUUUGUCGUGCUGGACUACGUGCUGACUCCUACGUCGACCACUCAGCCUACUUUCCUUCCCUACCACAGACUCUACAUCUGGACCUACGAAGAGAAGCUCCGCACGCUCUGUGGCUAUCCCGGCGCAGUCUCGCACUGGGAAUGGGGUCUCGACGCCGGCUCCUUUGAGAAGUCAGCCCUCUUCGACGGGACUAGGAUCUCGAUGGGCUCCGAUGGCGCGAAGGUCAACAUCACGGCCAGUGGCCCACAGUUCUUCAUGCCAGUUGGGUCGCGCGGCGGCUUGGUCACGCACGGCCCGUUCAAGAAUUAUACCGUCAACUCUGGCCCGAACACGGCGGCUGGCCGCUGGCCCCGAACCCGCGGUGUCUGCAGCGAGACCUCAAUACCGGGAUCUAGCCCCGACAUCGAGCUCUUCCAGGCCAACCUCCAGGGUAAUUUCCGGUACUCCGCCUAG